AUACGAAAAAUAUCAAAUGUUUACAACAAAGAAAUUUAUUCAACAUAGUAAACAACUACGUUAUUGUCCAACUGCAGGAUGUGAUAAAGCUAUAACACUCUCAUGUACAGAUUUACCAACCGAUUCAUGCAGACCUGAUACUGUUCAAUGUUCAUGUUGUUUCAAGUUUUGUUUCAAGUGCUACCGUGCCAGCCAUUCUCCUGCAACCUGUGAUCAAAUGCAACUUUGGGAACAAAAAUGUCAAGAUGAAAGUGAGACCUCUCAUUGGAAAGUAGCAAACUGUAAACAAUGUCCAAAAUGUAAUGUUUCAGUAGAAAAAAAUGGUGGCUGCAUGCACAUGGUAUGCCGUCAAUGUCAGUAUGAAUGGUGUUGGGAAUGUAGUAAACCAUGGAAAGGUCAUUUGAAUUUCUAUGUUUGUAAUUAUACUGCUAACAAAGACAAAGAACUUAUAAAAAGAUUUUUAAUUUUUGGCACAAGUAAAAGUUCAAAGAAAAAUAAGGAAUCAUCAGAGGAAGAAGAAAGAAGACUCAAUCGUAUAGAAUUAGAACGUUAUUUGUAUCACUAUGAACGUUUUACAAAUCAUGAAAACUCUCAUAAAUUAGAAAAGCUUAUAAGAGAUGAAGCCACAAAGAAAAUGAAGGAAUUACAAACCUCAUCAACAACAUGGACAGAAGUUCAAUUCAUUGAAAAGGGUGUAGAACAACUUUUGGAUUGCCGUAAUAUUUUAAAACACACCUAUAUAUAUUCGUUCUUUUCAUUUUCAGACAUCACCAACCAAAGAGUUUUAACUGCAAAAGAAUUAUUUGAAUUCCUUCAAGAAGAUUUAGAAAGAACAACAGAAAAACUAUCAGAACUUAUGGGUGAUGUAAUGAAGAAAUCAAUAACUUUAGAAUCGUCUCAUCGUAUUGAAAUUAUGAACUAUAUAACUUUAUCAAAAACAAAAGCUGAUGGUUUAUUGAAUGCAGUUUUAAAAGAUUCACUAUUUGAAUUUUAAACAAAUAAUAAUAUAAAUAAUAUAAAUAAUAAUAUAUAAUAAUAUUAAAUCGAAAGUAUUUUGUUAACAAAAAAAGACUUCAAUAUUUAGAAUCAUAACUAAAUUUAAAACUCAAAUAAUACAAAAUAAUUAUUUGUCAUGCUAUCGUUUUCAUUUGUAAUAAAAAUGAAAACUUAUUUAAUAAUAAAAAAAAAAAAAAUUAAUUUUUUAUUGU